UCUGCUGGCCACACAGGCACAGGAGAAGAGCCCUCUGUGCUCUGGAGGGGCUGUGAAGAAGAGAAGUUUCCAGCUGCUUUUGCCACUGCAGUCAGUGUUCCUGGGUCUGCCUCCUCUCUCCCAAGAUGCUGGGAAGAGUCCUGUGUACAGUGUUGUUCAUGGGAGCCUUGCCAUCACCAGCCCAACUGUCCCAGGGCCACAUCUCAGUGGUGUUACUGGGAGCCACGGGUGAUUUGGCCAAGAAGUACUUGUGGCAGGGACUGUUCCAACUCUACAUGGACCAAGUGAGCAGUGGCCACAGUUUCACUUUCCACGGGGCUGCACUGACAGCGCUGGAGCCGGGGCAGAGGCUGAUGUUUGACGUGCUGAAGAAGCUGGCUUGUCCCCCAGAUGAAUCUCCCAACAGGUGUGCUGUGCUCAAGGACCAAUUCCUGAAGCUGAGCCAGUACCACCAGCUGAAGACUGCUGAAAACUACACGGCACUGAGCAGAGAGAUCGAGAGGCUGCUUGGCCAGGAGGGGCUGCAGGAGGCUGGCAGGAUCUUUUACUUCUCGGUGCCUCCCUUUGCCUACACAGAGAUCGCCCGGCACAUCAACAGCAGCUGCAGACCCCCUGCAGGAGCCUGGCUGCGGGUGGUGCUGGAGAAACCUUUUGGCCACGACCUGCAGUCAGCCCAGCAGCUGGCUGCAGAGCUGAAGAGCUUCUUCAGGGAAGAGGAGAUGUACCGGGUGGACCACUACCUGGGCAAACAGGCUGUAGCCCAUAUCCUGCCUUUUCGAGAUCAGAACCGGCAGUUUCUGGAUCCCAUUUGGAACCGACGUCACGUGGAGAGAGUGGAGAUCGUCCUGAAAGAGACUGUGGAUGCUAAAGGCCGCACCAGCUUCUACGAGCAGUACGGAGUCAUCCGGGAUGUGCUGCAGAACCACCUGACAGAGGCCCUGAUGUUCCUGACCAUGGAGCUCCCAGCCAACGUGAGCAGGGCUGAAGAGGUUUUGCAGUGCAAGCUGCAGGCCUUCCAGUCCUUGCGGCGCCUGGAGAAAAGCAGCGCUGUGCUGGGGCAGUAUCAGGCAUAUGCCAGCCAAGUGCAGGAGGAGUUGCAGAAGCCACAAGGCUACACCAGCAGAACACCAACCUUUGCAGGUGUGCUGAUCCACAGCGACAGCCUGCGCUGGGAAGGGGUCCCCUUCCUGCUGGCUUCGGGGAAGGCUCUGGACGAACGAGUAGGUUAUGUCCGCGUUCUCUUCAAGAACAGGGCCUACUGCGCCCAGAGCGAGGCGCUGAGGGACGCAGGGCACAGCCAGUGUAAGGCCAAGCAGAUCAUCUUCUACAUCGGGCACGGGGAGCUCAACACCCCUGCCGUGCUCGUCAGCAGGAACCUCUUCAGGCCUGUCAUGCCGCAGGGCAGCUGGAGAGAAGCGGCAGCUCGCUCUGACCUGCGCCUCUUCGGGCAGGCCUUGUCUGAUUACUACGUGUACAGCCCCGUCAAGGAGAGAGAGGCAUAUUCAGUCCUCAUCUCCAGCAUCUACCAUGGCAGGAAGGACUUCUUCAUUACCACCGAGAACCUGCUGGCCUCCUGGGGCUUCUGGACGCCGCUGCUGGACAGCAUUUCUCACCAGCCCCCGCGCCUCUACCCUGGGGGUGUGGAGAACCAGCACCUCUUAGACUUCGAAAUGGUGGGUGGGGAAGUGGCGUUCGCCGUGGCCGAGCCAGAGGAGCUGCUGCACCCCGGCAGGCAGGUGCCAAGUGAUUACAGAACAGUGCAGUCCACCUUCCGGCAAAGGCCCCUGGUGUCCGCCUGGGCCGAGGACCUGAUCUCCCGGCUGGCCUCUGACAUGGAGGAGGUGGCACGCAGGAGCGUGGCGCAGCGUGGGCAGUUCCACCUGGCCCUCUCGGGUGGCUCGAGCCCCGUGGUGCUGUUCCAGCGGCUGGCCAGACACCAUUAUGCCUUCCCCUGGAAGCACACCCACGUCUGGCUGGUGGAUGAACGCUGCGUCCCCCUCACCGACACCGAGUCCAACUUCUUCAGCCUGCACAAGCACCUGCUGCAGAGCGUCAGGGUGCCCUACUUCAACGUCCACCCCAUGCCCGUGCACCUCAACCAGCGGCUCUGCGUGGAAGAAGACAGAGGCACGGAGCUGUAUGCCAAGGAGAUCGCGGCCCUGGUGGCCAAUGCCAGCUUUGACCUGGUGCUGCUGGGGAUGGGCACCGACGGGCACACUGCCUCGCUCUUCCCCCAGUCUGAAAGUGGCCUGGGAGGGGCUCAGACUGUGGUGCUGACCGAGAGCCCUGUCAAACCUCACCAAAGGAUGAGCUUCAGCCUAGCCCUCAUCAACAAGGCCAGGCAGGUGUUCGUGCUGGUGCUGGGGCGGGGGAAGCACGACAUCACCACCCUGGUCAGCAGAGUGGGCCAGCAGCCACGGAAAUGGCCUGUCUCGGGUGUCAGCCCCAGCGCUGGGCAGCUGGUGUGGUAUGUGGAUUAUGAAGCUCUGCUUGGGUGAUUCCUUCACCGUGUCCCUCCUCCCUUGUCUGCGUGUCUCUUACAGCCUGGAUUUUCCUACACCACGUCCAUGUUUUCCUGUUGCCAGCAGCAGCUUCAUCUCUGACAAACUGCUCUAACCUUCUGGGAAAUCCAUGGCCUGCAGUGCCUCUGACAUUUGAGCCCGGAAAGGAGCUUGGCUCAGUGUUCUGGGCUAAGCAGGAGCCAAGAGCCCAGUGCAGCAUUUCUGGCUCUGCUGGGGAUUCUGACUGUGACUUUGGACAAAUUACCUCACCUUGAAGUGCCUCAGUUUUCCCUGUCAGGCCUUUGUGCCCAUUAGCAUUUAACUACCUCGCAGGCACGAUGGGAGACUUGUUAAAUUAAGUACCUGCCAAAUACAUUUUUAUGUUUGGGUUUUUUGGUUAAAUUCUCAGGCUAGAAGACAUUAAUAAUAACAUUUUCAUUCCCUGCCCUGCUCAGUCUGGCUGGGACGGAGUUGUUCUGGUAGAACGAUGGUUCUGUGCACAUGGGUCUGUAGUCUUCGUGCAGCUCCUCCUGGUGCCAGUGAACCACUGCCUGUGGCUCUGCCGCCCUGCACGCACAGGCACCCUCUGCUGCUGCGGCGUGUGGCCCCUACACGCUGGCACCCAUUUGUGAGCUCACUGCAGUCCUGAGUCUUUGCAGACUGCCCAGCAGCAGACGCCGAGUUUAUAAGCAGUAAUUUGCUGCUUUCAUUAAGUGGGGAGCUGGUUCCGUGGGGGCUGGAGAAGGAAGACACUUUGCUUUUUAGGCUGUUAGAGUUACGGGGCAGGGUGAGGAGAACGGCAGCUCACAGAGCUGCCGGCUGCCUGCGGUGCAAUAAGUACUGAGGGAGGAGCUUGGUGUUAGAGAAGCUGCCUGAGCUUUGCUGGCAAAUGAAUGUGAACUUUCCCGGGUCCCCAGAGCCGGAGCUUGCAGUGUCAGUCAGCGGCACUAUAACAUUCCUACCGGAGGCAGCUUUGUAAACCUUUAAGGUGUCUGUCACUACUGCACACAGCAAGGUGGCUGCAGCGUUUGCAGGGGCAGGUGGUGGGUUUGAUCGGCUUACAAGGGGGGGAAGUUUUCUCUGUACAUACCUCUGGGUCACAUGGAACUAGCAAAUCACAGCUCUGUUGACAGGACAGCAUUAAGUGAGUAUAGAAUUGUAUAGGGGCAUUGCUCACAGGGAGGGCUGGAGACAGCAAGUCCUACCUAGAGACCCUGCUCCCCUUCCUAAUCCUCGCCUUGCCAGAGUGCUGCAGUGGGGGGCUCUCUGCUGUCAUGAUAGCCCCAAAUGCUCUGUGGUCUUCUCUGGUGGGUAAUUUAGCACAGCAAACCAGAGUGCAGCUUUGGAAAGGAGAUCAAGACAGUACAGAAUGGGAGGAUCAGGUCUGAUGGUCCAUCUGGAGGCUACAAACGCAGUCGUUUAGGGCUGCACUAGAACGGGACAAACUCCCUGCAGGAAGCUGGAACAUGGAUCCACAUGGCUGCCAGCGGGGAGGGUUCUGCCUAGGAGCAGAGGCCUCUUUCAAGGGGGUUUAUCUCUUUCUGUGAGUGCUGGCUGUGUUUCUGUGGAGAAGUUGCUGUGUGGGGAUGACCAGGUGGAGCUGGUGGCUCAGAGGUGACAGAGGUACCCCGAUGCUGGCAGGAGCUGGUGCCCUGGCUGUGAGGAGCAGCACUCAGUUGUGUGCUGUUCUUUCAGCAGAGUUUGGCUACCCUCCACAGCUCUAGAGCAUCAGAAGGGAAAAGUGGGAUCCUUGGGACUUGGACCUGGGAGUCUGGUGGCCUGAGUCUGCAAUACAGGGAAAGAAGGAGCCUUUGCUUUAGGAAGCUGGCCAAUAGGAAUUGGCCUCAGCUCCUUCCCCGUGCAAGGAUCUGCUGAAUCCUAGUGAUGAAGAUGGAAGUCUGGGUGCUCCAGUAUGAUAGGACAGGUCCCUGCAGCCUGUGCUCCCAGGUUGUUGCCUUUCAGCAUAAUGCUUCCAGUUAAUGCAGAAAUCAGAACUGUCUUCUGCUCACUUCACAGCUGAAAGUGCACUGAGCAAGCUCUAGGGAGCAGGUUACUUGUCAGCAGUCCCUAGGCAAACGGAGCCAGGGAGAACAUAACCUGGCAGGAGCUCUGUGCAGCAGGAAGAGGACAGAUUCUCAGGGACAGGCUGCGAUUUCUGGCAGCCUCCCCCACCUCACAGAUGGUCCAGAAGAGCUGCAUUUUAUGUUCUGUGUUUAAGCUGAGCUGAGUUGCACUGCUGCACAUCACUUUGCGUUUGCAUGGGAAAGGAGGGAGUUGUGGUGGUGCAGCUUGCUCAGCUGCAGAACAGGCACAGUUGCCCUCAGGGGUCUGGUUUGACAGCCAGCGUGGCUGCUUAUCCAUUAUCCCUGGGUGGUCAGGACUAAGUUUUGUGGUUACAGGCAGGUUUAGCUACCAGCACAAACACCAAAGGCUGAAAAUAAAUCACAGGGCAAGAAGGGUGGCAUAGAAAAGUGGGAUGAAGGUGAGCACUGCAGGUUCCUUGCGGCAGGACUCACUUGUCAAGUGGCUGUGCUGACAGUGGAGUCUGGAAUAAGAGCAUAUGCCUGGGAGUUAACUGGAAUUGCUCUCUUCAUAGAUGAGUGCUGGCAAACACUGGCUCCAGAGCAUAGCAGAGUGACUCGAGCAGCUGUGCAGGGGGCGAUGGUUGGGGUCUGGUAUGUCCAUAAAUUCACACUUCAUUUUUAAAACCCAAAUAGCCAUGAAAACUUCAUUCCAGUCUUUUUGUAUUUGGUGUGAGGGAACACGAGUGAAAAAGUGACCAGUGUGAGAAUAAAUGUGGUGUUAUGAAGGGCUGAGUGCACUACUGCUGUACAGGUGAUUGUGGCAUUGGUGUUUUCUUGUUUCUGCACUUCCUUGCUAAUAUUUGCCUGGGGCCUUUUGAAAUAAAUACUGGGUCUGGAGAAGUUUAUUUGUACUUUUAAAUAGGCUUAUGUUUGGUGGUUGGUUGGUCUUUUUUUUUUCCCCAGAGAACUACUGUUGUUUCCAGCUGAAAGCAGAGUUAACUUGCAAGCUCUCCGAUGGGUCAGCCCCAGAUUCAUCCUAGAUGUUUAGAUUAAAAUCCAGUGAAAGCUUACACACUUCCUCCUCAUCUAACAGAGCUGUCUGGGUUCUCUGGGUGUUUUUUUUAGAACUAUUGUUUUCUUCUCUACACAGACAAUUCCUAUUCAACUCUUUGAUACUGAACCCGAGCCAAAUGAAAACCAAACACUUUAAAAUAGAUACCAAUUUUGUGAGUGGCAAAUGAGAGAAAGGGAGACUGCAGAUGGGGGGGAAAAAAGGGUUAAGAGAGCAACAAAUCUGAUGAGGAGGAAUGGUAGAAAUCCACUGGGCUCCAGGCCAAGGAAGCGAUGCUAUUUUUAUUUGAUGAAAGCUAUUAAUAGGACAUAUGCACCUUCUUGAGAACUUGUAUUAACCUUUCUUUGCAAAGGCAACUCCAUGGAAUAACUUCUUGCAGUCUAUUUCUACUUAUGGAUACCAAUUUCCUUACCUUUAUAAAUGGCAAAUGCAUUCCUGCAAUCGGGUGGUGUGAUCCUCUGUACAUUUGACAGGACAAUUAACACUGGAAGUCGUUCAUUUGUCACUUCAACUGCUACAAAUCAAACAGUCAAAUCUUAUUUUUACCAUGAGUCAAGUUCUGGGAUUCCUUUCACGUUGUCUAACGAAUAAAGAAGUCUAUUUAUCUAAAAAUAAAAGUGUUUUUAACAAAA